CUAUUUUGAGGCACCGAAGGGGCACCUCUUGACGGGGGUUUUUCGAUAAGUGAAGGGCAACGGGUGUGCAAAGUGUACGGUUUUUUUCGUUUUUAAUUUCAAAGACACUAAUCGUGGCCUGUGGGCCCAUGCCGAAAUUCUCAUCAGUGUUUAACUAGUUUGGAUGUGUGCGUAUGUGUGAGUGGACAUUUUUAAAGUGAGUGUAAGGAAAUAAAGAGACGCGGACAAUGGUUGAGCGCGUCCCGGGAGGUCUCGGCGCCCUCGUUGCGGUACGAAAAUGAAACAAGCUCGUCCGCAACGAGCAGCUGAUGGCGGCCGAGUGCUGUUCUAGAGCCUCCAUGUCUGCCGUUUAAUUAGUUCAUCAGUUUCUCCUUGGACUUAUCGUAAAAGUGUGGUCGUUAACGUAGAUUAGCUACCAAAGAUUAUCAUCGUGAUUUGUAUAACAAAAGCAACAUCAACGAAUAAGCCAAGAUCUAGUUAAGAGAUCGUCGUACGACUGUACGAGGCGUGAUAUAACGGUGCUUCUUUCUCGCUCCUUCUCUUUUUCUCAUAUACUAGCCCCUUCUCACUCCUUCAUUCUUACUCUUUCUCUCCGGGACUUGGGCAUCCGGACGGGCGCGUAGCCGGUCCCGGCUAUCGAAUUCUCGCCAAGUGAAAAAAAAGGCAAACGACGGGGCGUGUGCGUGCACCGUACGUAUAUAUACUUUGCGUCUUUUUUCUACGCGUGGUAUAUGAAACUCCAAAGUGUACGAGUUCAACAUUUACCUAAUUAAUAUUCGGUGAGGAUUGCAGUUGUGAAAGAGUGUAAACUAGCGGAAGUGCGUGGUACACUUACAUCAAUUCUUUAGAACAAACCAAGCAAAUAGUUGGCUGAAAAAAGGCGAAAGGAGUUAUAUCUAAAUGUGUUAAUUAUUUAGAUGGCACGCAUGGUCAAAAGGUAACCUCUCCUCUGACAUAGAAUACAAUAUAACACGUGAGAGAAUAUAAUUCAACUGUCAGGUUUUACUUGUGACAACGUUGCACCAGUAAACUCCUUUAUCUUCUAGAGCCACUUCUUCAGCCAAAGGAAUUAUUUACAGCAUAGUAAAACCAAUAAUUUCAUCUGUGAUCAAAGAAAUAAAGCUUUAGUGUGAUACAACGUGUCGUCAGUACGACCUAACUUUGUUAUUAUCAUCAUUAUCAUCACCGUAGUCAUCAUUAUCAUCAUCAGCUGUCUUGAAGACUUGAAUAAAAUUUGUAUUGAGGAAUGCGGCCACCGGCUUGCCAGGGUGGUCCUAAACGUCGACUAUAGCCACCACGAUCUCAGCCAACGACUCGGAUCAGAGGCACGAGCGUGACGCCGGUGAUUCAAACCCAUCCAGCAUCCGCAGUGCCUCCAAUCUACCCAACAUGUCAUCUGGGACGUUUGUAGAUCGGAUAGACCCCUUCGCCAAGCGAUCCCUUAAGAAAAAAUCCAAAAAGUCACAAGGAUCUUCACGAUAUCGCAAUUCACAAGAUGUUGAGCUACAACAGCUACCUCAGCUCAAAGAUGUUACUCCUUCGGAACAAGAAGACUUGUUUAUUCGGAAGCUACAGCAAUGUUGUGUGGCAUUUGACUUCCUGGAUCCCGUUGCAGAUCUCAAGGGAAAGGAGAUCAAGCGUAGCACCCUCAAUGAACUGGUUGAACACAUCACAACCGGACGUGGAGUUCUUACUGAACCUGUUUACCCCGAAAUCAUCAAGAUGAUUUCGGCAAAUUUAUUUCGAACAUUACCACCAAGUGAGAAUCCAGACUUUGAUCCUGAAGAGGAUGAUCCAACAUUAGAAGCAAGUUGGCCCCAUUUACAACUGGUUUAUGAAUUCUUUCUACGAUUUCUCGAGUCUUCAGAUUUCCAACCAGCUGUUGGUAAAAAAGUUAUCGACCAAAAAUUUGUUUUACAGCUGUUAGAGUUGUUCGACUCUGAAGACCCGAGAGAAAGAGAUUUUUUGAAAACUGUUUUACAUCGUAUUUAUGGGAAAUUCCUUGGUCUUCGAGCCUUUAUUCGCAAACAAAUUAAUAAUAUUUUCCUUAGGUUUGUAUAUGAAACAGAACACUUCAAUGGUGUUGGAGAAUUAUUGGAAAUUCUGGGCAGCAUUAUCAAUGGGUUUGCACUCCCACUCAAGGUGGAACACAAGCAAUUUUUAGUCAAGGUGCUGUUACCAUUGCAUAAGGUUAAAUGUUUAUCGCUUUAUCACGCGCAAUUGGCGUAUUGUGUAGUACAAUUUCUGGAAAAAGAUGCCACUUUGACGGAGCCUGUGGUGCGGGGGCUUUUAAAAUUCUGGCCUAAAACAUGCAGCCAGAAAGAAGUGAUGUUUCUUGGUGAGAUAGAAGAGAUUUUGGAUGUUAUAGAACCUAGCCAAUUUGUUAAAAUACAAGAGCCAUUAUUCAGGCAAAUAGCACGUUGUGUUUCGUCACCACACUUUCAGGUUGCAGAAAGGGCAUUGUAUUUCUGGAACAAUGAAUAUAUUAUGUCACUGAUUGAAGAAAAUAAUCAUGUGAUAAUGGGAAUAAUGUUCCCAGCUUUGUACAGAAUCAGUAAAGAGCACUGGAAUCAGACGAUUGUUGCUCUUGUUUAUAAUGUUCUAAAAACUUUUAUGGAAAUGAACAGCAAGCUCUUCGAUGAACUUACUGCCAGCUAUAAAUCUGAGAGACAAAAAGAAAAAAAGAGAGAAAAAGAAAGGGACGAAUUAUGGAAAAAACUUAAUGAAUUGGAGGUUGAAAAACGCGGUGCGCUGAUGAAUACUUCCAACACUCCAGUUUCUAACACCCCUGCACCUGCGACUCGAGCUCGUCCAUGAGCUGACAAUUGACAUCCACGCUGUCCAAUCGUUAGUCCUUAGUUCACGUCAGAUUGUCUACAAAAAAGUUAAAAUUGCAAAUUAUCAUCGUUAUUAGUGAAAAAGAGAUACAGAAAAAUAAAGUACGUCAAGUGGUGAGAUCAUUGAUGUGUAAAGUAAAUUAAAUUUUCCCUGUUAAUUUUGCCUUAAAGGCGAAAUAAAAUAAGAGAGAAGAACGUGGAUUAACAAACGAAGAAUACUACCAUCGUAUUCAUGAAUAAUAAAAUUAACAACAAAACUAAAUAGUGAGGGACGAAAAAAAUAAUAUUAAAUACAAAAGAAAAACGAACAUAAUUUGAGGCCGACUAGAGGCCUUGAUUUUUAAUAAUUUUAUUGUGUAUAUUAAUUUUUAUUAUUUUUGACAGCAAUGAUUUAAGUUGUAUGAUGUACUCAGUGUCAGCACAUAAUUUGAAAAUGUUAGUCCCUUCUUAAUAAAGCUCAUUUGUGUUUUGUUGGAGAAGAUGAUUUAAGUGAUAGAUUAGUGCACUAUUGAAGUAUAUUAUUUACUUUAUAAUCAUUUUAUAGAUAUAAUAAUGCACGUUGCAUCUAGGAGAUAAAAUAUUUUAUCUUCUUUUUUGCUUGAACUGACAGAUAUCUCACUUGAAUUCUCAUCGCCAACAAUUGACAAGAGCAUUGUUUGAAAUGUAUCAUAUAUUCGUAUUAAUGAUGAUAACUAUAACAAAAAACAUGAUUAAUUAGGUAAAUAUAUAAAUAAAAUAAAUCUAUAUAAAUAUAAAUAUACAAUAUUAUACAAAAUAUAGUAAUAUUGAAGAUAAAAAUUUUCACACUCAACUCUCUUUCAUACACACAACAAAACACACAUACACACACAUACAUAUUUAUCGAAGGGAAAUUGAAACAUAUUAAACAAAAGAGUGUAUUUAAACUAAACAAAAAAAAAAUAAGAAGUAUGAAAUGAUAUUAAAAAAAUGACAAAUUUACAGUGCUAUUCUAUACUAACAGUGCAUUGACCGUAUUUCGUAGCCGGUCGCGCGUUUUUCAAGGACAAUUCGCGGCUUAGUGUGUAUGCAAGUGCGUGCAAAAUUAACAUUUAUGAAUAAUAAAUUAAUUUAAAAGAAAAAAACGAAAUCUUAUGGAAGACAAGUAAUGUUUCAAAAUACAUGUUGUUUUUUUUAAAAUGAAAACAAAUGAAUGAUUCAAGUAAUAAAUAAUAUUAAAAACAAAUGGAGGAAUGGAGAAAGCGAGAAUUAAGAUAAACAAUAAAAAAAAAAUUAACUGUACCAAAAUAUCCAUGGUUACUUAUAAAUAUAAUAAAUGAUAGAGAUAA